UAAAAGGGCAGAAGGAUGGUGCAGUGAAUUAACGUGCUUCCAUGGCCGCUUCAUUUGCAUACACUGCAGAGGCGCAGAGAAUGGAGGGACCCCUGACUAAAGGACUUGCCCGCCGCAUUCCAUUCUGGGGGUAAUGCCUUCACCUGUCUACUUUUAAAAUUCUGCUACUUUAAGGUAUACAAAUGCGAGUUCAAAUUCCUGCCUGAAACACCAGUGGGGGUUCACUACACACCCUCAGCUUUAAGGGUCACCCUGUCUUUCUACAGCCCCUCCCCACUCCCCUCUCCUCCCCCUCCUCCCCCCUCCCCCUCCCCCUCUCCUCCCCUCCCCCUCUCCUCCCCUCCCCCCUCUCCUCCCCCCUUCCCCUCCCCUCCUCCCCCCUCCUCUCACCGCGCGGGGUGCUAGGAAGGCUGGGGUGGGCGAGGGCCGAGGGCCGAGGGCUGCGGCAACCGGGGGGCGGAGGCGCAUUGUGAAGUGGCCAGAGCGUCACAGGCGGCCCGGACCCCCGGGAUCCGAGGGCGGGGCGGGUCUCCGCAGCGCCCCCCGUGAGGUCCAGGGACCCUGGCUCAGACGCUGGGCGCGCGGGGAGGGAGCAUGGAGGGCUUCGGCCGCUUCUCCCCGUGGCCUCACUCGGACCUCUGGGAGGCCCCGCCGCCCCGCAAGGAGCGCGCAUCCUCGGCGCGGCUGGGCGGGUCAGGGCCGCAGAGCGAGCAGGGCCUGUGCUCCCGGCCCGGGACUCCCCGCGAGCGGAGCGAGGCCUCGGCGCCCUGGCCGCACCUGCGCUGCUCGCCCACCCCGCGGCCCCGCCGGCGCCGGUACCCGGACUUUCCGCCUGAAAGCCGCAGCCUGACCGACGUGGCCCGGAGGCCCCCGGACCACGCCAGGAAGCACCGGCCCCGCAGCCGGCGCCUGGAAGACGCCUGGGGGGAGGCGGGUACCAAGCCCCUGGAGCAGGGAGGCAGGCCGCCUAGCCCGGCCUGGCAGCAGCAGCCCCAGCUGCCACCGCAACAGCCUCAGCCCUGCCAGCACUACCCUCCGGCCCGGGGAGAUUCGCCCCCACCUUACCCGCAGGGAGCUUACACUCCCCCGAGUGGAACUUUCGGGGUAGAAAAGGUGCAGAGCGGAGACCAGUGGGCAGUGCCGGCCUGCAGAGGUCUCGGUCGCUGGUCCCUUUCCUCGGUUCACACGAAGAAGUGUUCUGUGCCCUCCAGAGAGUUCGGGACGCAGUCAGGUUGCGUGUACCUCCAGAAAAGAUACCGUAAUGAUCCGGUGGAGUCCUUAGCCAGCCAGUACUCCCAGCACUCGCUCUCCAGCAAGGCGAUGCAGAACCAGCACACCCAGAUCCUCAAGAACAAGCUGGAAGAGGCAGUAAUGUCCUCCAGGGACCGGAAGAUUGUGGCCCUGGUGCUGACCUGGCUCAAGAAGGCCCAGAGGAUGCGGGAGCUGCAGCAGCAGGCGGCCCUAGCCUGGGAGGAGCUGAAGCGCUCGGACCAGAAGGUCCAGUUGACCCUAGAGACAGAGCGCAAGCUGCUGCUGCAGCAGAGCCAGGAGCAGUGGCAGCAGGAGAAGGAGCAGCGUGUCCGACGGUGGGACCGGCAAGCGACGAACACGAGCCGGCAGGAGCGCAGGUGGAAGGCGCAGCUAGGGGACCAAGAGAACCAGCGCCAGGAGAAGCUGGAGGCGGCCCCCUCUGAGACCGAGGCCAAGCGCGGGACGCAGUACCAGGUGCAGCGCCUGCAGGAGCACGAGAGGAUGAUGCAGGACCUGCGGGAGCAGAACAGCCUGCAGCUGCAGAAGAGGCUGAAGCAGGUCUGUCUAAAGAGGCAUGUGCACACCACCGAGGGCCAGAAGAAGAUCCAGGAGACCCGUCUUAGCUCCCUAGUCAAUUACCAGGCCCGGAAGGUCCUCAGGGACUGCCAGGCCAAGGCUGAGGAGUUCCUUAGGAAGCUGUCCCUGGAACAGAGUUCCCAGUGGUCCCAAGAGAUCCCCCAGGGCCUGAUUAAGGAGCAUCACCGGGAGCCGAAGGAGAAGGUCAAGAAGGAGGAGGAGCAGUGCCAGCAGGUCAAGGGGUGCGCAGAAGAGUCCGGGGAGCAGAGGAAGGGGCACGAGCGGCUGCCCGUGGAGCUCGCGGACCAGAAGACCCUGCAGACCAGGAGUAACGUCCACAGGAAUAUCAGCAACAAGGUGCAGCAGAUUCGGGAGCUCAACAUCCUGCGGGAGAAGAAUCAUCACAUCCUGAAGCUGAAAGCCGAGAAGGAGGAAAAGUGCCACAUCGAGCGCAUUAAGGAAGCCAUUAGGAAAAAGGAGCGGAAGAUGGAGCAGAUCUCGCGAGAGAAAGAUGCACCCUUCGGUGAAUUCCAAAAGAUCUCCAGGGCCUCCAGGGCAGACAACGUGAGAAAGUUUGCCAACAACUUCUUUGAUCCGAUAGGGCGGGAGGCCCAGGUUCGAGCUGGGCAGCAGAGAGGAGGCCACUGAGAACCUGACGACAAAUAGCUUACAGCCCAGGCGGCUAGAAAGAGAUGUGGCAAUGUGAUUCGUUUUAUAAUCUGAUUAUAAUUGAGCAUUCAUUUUUUAAAAGUGUAUAAAAUAGCUGCAAUUUCGUCUGAUGAACUAGUUUAUUAAUUCAUUUGGAUGGUUGAGAGGGUUGGGGUAGAAAUUUGGAAAUUUUAAGAAAAUUACUUGCCUUUGUACAUUUGGAUUUA